AUGACACCUAUCCGGCCGUCUGGCGACUGGCCAGAUAAAACCAAGCACGUUAUAUGGGAUCUAGACAGAGGGGCCGCUCAGAAACAGCAUUCUUCCGCCGAAGAUGACCGUGAACCGUUGCUUCGAGAAUCAGGGUCCCGAGUUGUCGAGCGGGACAGAGAAAAUGGUCAUGCGUCGAAGGCAGCCGGAACAUCUGGAGCUCCGAGGAAGGAUUCAUUGUUAACCAAGAUGCGGAAAGCGACUGGCUCCAGAGAUAGAUUGUCGAAAGGAAAGAGGAAGCAAGACGAGUCGCUCUCCGAGUCUCCGGACACGCCUCCGCAGACGCGACAUGUCAAGGUUCCGAGGGUUGAGACGAAUGGUCUCAUAUAUUUUCUCGAGGCCAAAAGUGCAAAGCUGCUUCCACAUAUUGACGAGGAAAUAUCCCGUUCAACCGCUCCUGACGACGAUCCUUUCGGAAAAUUGCCCACAAUCCAACCUGCAAAGAGGUCAGAUGGGCGCAAUACGAGCAUGGCGGCACCGUCACAGCAACUCUCACCUCCACCAGUGGACCAAGCUCAUAAGGCUGGUUCCCCGGGCCGCCCUAGGUCCCCGGCAUCACCCUCAAGGAGACGUGGGCACCGUUCAGAAAGGCUCAAAUUGAGCGCUGCCGAGCGAGCAAUCGAAAACGACCUCGCAGAGCAUCGAGCGAGGCAAGCGGGCGCCUAUAUGGCAGCGGAGGCUAGGUACGAAGAUGACGUUGCGACAAAGCCCACGCAAAGACGGGAUGAAAGAACGCGUACAGCCUGGUUAUGGAUUUUGCUCUGUUGCACUCGUCUUUGGACUUUCCUCUGUUCCAGUCGUCUCUUCUUUGGAAGACCACAACGUUCUCCUGGGCGAAAACAGGCUCGGCGAGGAGACCAUGACAAGGGAAAACGAGAAGAAGAGGUAGAAAGGCUCGUUCAGGCAGAGGAGGCAUGA